AUGUUUAUGAUUUAUUUUUUAACCAGUAAGCAUCUGACCAUAUUUUUGAGCUUUGGCAGAGAGGAGGAAAAGGCAAGAGAGAGUGAACAAGAGGCCAGAAUUGAAAUCUUGUCUCAGGAGAAGGAAGACUUGGCUCUCAAACUAGGACUAACUGAGAAAAUUUUAAAGGACCUGGAGAGUCAAAAAGCAGCUGCACAUGAGGAGGGUCAACACAGCAAGGAGGAUUUAUUGUGGCGACUGGAUCAGGUGACAAAAGAGCUGGAUAGUGCCAAGAAGUUACUAAACUACAGGAAGCAGAAGCUAGAGUCUCAACAGAAGGAAAUUCUAAUGCAAGAAAAAAAACACAAUGCAAAUUUGCAGGCAGAGGUUGAGCUUGGAGAGAAGCUCAAGGAGCAAGUUUGGGAGUUGGAGAAGGAACUUGAAGACUGUAAGCAGAGAGAAGAAAAGACUAAAAACAGCCUAACUAAGGCAACAGAAAAACAAAUAAGAACAGAAGAACGUUUAGAGGUCACCUUAAGCCAAAUCAGGUCUCAGCAUCAGACAUCUUCUAUGGUCGUUUCCCUCAUAGCCCAUUUGAAUAGUGCUGUGCUCCAGUUAAGGGAUCUGGUGACUGUCUCCCAGCAAAUUAGCCAAGGGAGUCUCCCAGACCUUACAGUGUUACUGAACUUCAAAGAUCCUGAAAUAGCAGAGCAAGGGGGAAUGCUCACUGCUGACAACCUUCAAGAAAAACUGAGUGAGGUACGUAGCUUGAUCAGUGAACUGGACCGGAUCAGGACAGCAUUGCAGGAGGAACAUGCAAAUCAAUUGGCCUCUAAUGUGUCAUGUGCACAGAUGUGAUUAGACUAUUGUAAGUCAACUAUUGUUAUCAGAGUAUUAUAGAAUGGAUGUGAAUAUAUGUAUAUUUAUUACUUUUUUUUGGGGGGGUGAAAUAAAAUGUAUGCAGUAGUUAUUAAGCAAAUAGCAAGUGGGUUAAUUAUAUUUGUAUGUUUUUAUUUUUUGUUUUGUUCUUAUUUUAUAUUUUAAUCAAUCCACACAUUUUUCUGUAACAAAUAUGCGUAAUGUGAACACCAUAUAAUAACUGAAUUUACCAGCAAAAUAAAACCAAAAACUGUAUCACUCGCUUCUGAAAUCUCUUCAUGUUACAAUACCAUUACGAAACUUAAUUUGCAAGGAACACUGCAAAUGUGUCUGCUGCUGUCAUAUCCCUAUAUGGUUAACUGAAAAUGAAUCAUUAUGAAGAUGGAAUUGUAUUGUGGAUUUUCAGUCCUCUCAGCAAACAUUAAAAAUAGUUGAGCACUACUGUUUCAAGACUUGCUUUAAUGGUUGAUGAAUAUUAACCUGUUUAACAUUAUUUAAUUCUAUUACAUGUGCUCUUUCAGACAAAUGACCAUGUAAACAAUUAUGGAUGAAAAAUAACCAUUCCAUUCUGUAUAGAAACUUCUAUGAGUGAUAAUUCCAAUCUAGAAGAAAAAGUCUACAGCAGUGUUUCAAAAAAACAUAAGAAUUUGUUCAGUUCAGAGUUGCAAAGGCUAGCUUUACCUGGUUUUUCAAUUAUUUAUCCCAAACAGGACUACACUGGAUAUAGGAUUUGUAAAGAUUUAUAUAGUUAUAGUAUUCCUCAUAUAACUGUGCAUUAUUGCAUUGUAAAGCAGUAGUUUUGUUCUGAAUACAGUAUAUUUUUAAAUGACUGAUGAGCUGCCUCAUUUUGAGCUGUGAAGUAGGUUGUUUUUUUGAUGUUGAAAAUAAAUAAAGUCAUAA